AUGGAUUAUCAAGGGGAGCAAGAGAUGGAGCUGGAGGCGCUGCAGGCGAUCUUGAUGGACGACUUGAUAGAGUACGAGGGCAACCUGCCUAGCGGCUGGGUUGCCGCAGGAAAGACGUACAAGGUGGUCAUCGCGCCAGAUGAAGACGAAGACGGAGAUUCGGGAGAAUACCCCCUAAAAGCCGAGCUGCUUUUUGCUCACACCCCCAAAUACCCCGAGGAGCCCCCCAGCCUGAAGCUGCGCAGCGUGACGGGGCUAAGCGAUUCGGAUCUCGCGGAGGCCACUGCCGUACUGGACGAGCAAGUACAAGCAAACCUUGGCAUGGCCAUGAUCUACACAUUAAUCGGGGCAGCUAAGGAGUGGCUUCAAGGGCGGGUCAACAGCGGGCCAGUGGUGGAUCCAGAAGUGGAGCGACGCAAGGCUGAGGAGGCUGCCGAACGGAAGCGAGCUGAGGCUCGAGCUCACGGAACUCCAGUAACCGUGGCAAACUUCAACGCGUGGAAGGCUCGUUUCGACGCGGAGGUGGCGAUGGCCAAGGCCAAGGCAGUGGAGGCGCUGAAGGAAGACGACAAGGCAAAAAGACUCAGCGGGAAAACCUGGUUCCUGCGACAGGCCUCGGAGGUUGUGGCGGGCGUUGAGGAGGAUGGUGAGGAGGAUGGUGAGGAGGAGGAUGACAUUGACUAUGAAGACGAUGAUGACGAGGGGAUGUUGGACGAGCUUUGA